AUGGCCAGCACUCCGGUCGCCAUGGCUGCCUUGCCUUCACAACGCGACCUGCUACAGCGCCUCAACGACUAUCGCCACUUUGACGAAGGCCGCCAGACCGAGAUCGAGUUUUUGAUUCAGAGCUGCAUUAAACUCAACAACACCUGCUCCACCCUAGAAUCCGAUCUAGACGACGAGAGAAAUACACGCCGCACGUGGAAGAAGCGUGCCGAAGACGCCGAAGCUGCCGUGGCCCGCAAGUAUACCGUGGUCCUCGUCGACGGUGACGGCUUCAUUUUUCGAAAGGCCUUCUUUGAUGCCCUGGCCAUGUCCGGUGGCUCCAAGGCGGCCAAUGAGCUUUACAACCAAGUCAUCAGCCACCUAAAGGCUGCCGAUGCGCUUUCAGGCAUUAAUCCCGACUGUGACGUCCUGCUCAAUAUCUAUGCAAAUAAGCAAGGCCUGGCCAAAACCCUCGCGGCCGCCGGUUACCUUAGCCACCCUUCUCACAUCGAUCCCUUCUUUUGCUCCUUUACCCAAAGCCGCAGCCUGUUUCAGUUUAUUGAUUGCGGUCCGGGAAAGGAGAGGGUUGAUGCUAAACUACGAGAUACCUUCCGUUUCUAUGCAAAUAACGCCCAAUGCCAACGCCUCUACUUGGCUUGUUCUCAUGAUAAUGGCUAUAUCGCCGAGUUCGACAAAUAUCGCCAUGACCCUGUGGCAUCCAAGAUCGUCCUAGUCCACGGCGCCCAAACGGCUGCAGCUGCUCGGGCCUACAGCGCUUUACCUUUCAAGUCGACCAGAUUUGACAAUGUUUUCGAAUCCUCAAUCUUAGAGAUCCCCCUCAAGUCUGAGCCCAUUUAUGUCCCACCCGCCCCCGAGGCUCUCAGCCUGGUUUCGUCCUUCACCGAAAACGGUAGCUCGGAUUUGACCCCGGCUAACAGUAGGUCGAGCUUUUCGUCCAACUCUGUCCCGCAGGCCUCGACACCAUUAGCCGCCCUUCCACUCAAUACCAAUACCAGGACUCCAUCUCAACCCAAGGCGUCCACCCCACCCACCGAGGUAGCUAAACCGAAGCCCGCGACCCAGGCUCAUGCUGCGCUUAUUAAUGGGAUGCAAGAUGGCAAGAGCGGCAUUCCAGUCAACCGCCUGGGGCAGAGGAUUGAUCUGAAGAUGAGAAUCCCGACUACAGCAGAGAUGGAGAAGUUUGAAGAUCGUAUCGCCAGACGGAAGCUCUGUAACGAGCAUCAUCUCCGAGACAACUGCGAAUCCUACAACUGUCGUUACGAUCAUGAACCCAUUGACGCUGCCAUGAAGAACACGUUGCGUUAUAAGGCAAGGAGCAUUGCGUGUACUCAGGGAUCCAAGUGUCGUCGGAUGGAUUGUGUUUAUGGUCAUCAAUGCCCGUGGGGUAACAACAACUGUGGAAAUCCGAAAUGCUCAUUUCUCAAAGCUGGUUUACACGACAUCAGGGACCUGGAGAUUGCCAAGUUUGUUGCAGCUGCUCCGAAUUAUUAA